CUCUUGGCAAAACACGCGGCCGGAAGUGUUGCAGACAACAAGUACGAGCUGGAGACCACAGAACGCACCAAUUUGAUUGAAGUGAAGAUGCCGAUCUUGGAAAACCAUCUGGAGCAAAUAAUGCUCUCGUCAAAUGCGAUUGCAGAACUACCCUUUCCUCCGCCUCGGAUCUUUACGAACUCCCUCCUUGGUGCCCAUGACAUAACUGCUUUGAUUCGUGACACAGAAGCUCAUGAACGAGCUUUGUUCCAAAGCGACCCGUCUGUGAAAGCGAGUAGCGCGCAGAGAAGGGCCACAAGACGAGCGACGCAAUUCCAGCCCGAGCUUGAAGCAGAAUCUAUGGCAAGCCGGAUCUACUCAGCUCGAAACAACAGAAAUCAGUCGGCCGUUGCUCGAGUGCUCGGGUCUGAUAUGAUGGAAGAGAUUAAACGUUCCGCUAAAACCUCAGGCAAUGGGCCUCGUGGCGAGGUUAAUAUUGACGUCCUACUUAGAGGUGCUGAGAUCCUCUGUAAUGUCUACCCUGUUGCUGGCGCCCAGGAUAAGAUUGCGAGUCUCCGUUAUCGCAACCGACAUAUUUCAGAGUCAAUUUCUGAGCUGGAGGAGCGAGUAGCUAGGAAUACCGCAGAGUUAGAGAACAUGAGCCGUUCGUAUGAUGACGAGUACGAUGACUUCGAUCACACUAGUCCUGUCAAUCCCGAAGUGAUGGAUGUCACUGAUGCGGACCUUAAUCGGGAAUUGGAGGAGAUACGGGAACUGGAAAGGAAAAAACGGAGCUUGGAGGACCGCGUCAACGGAAUGGAGCGUGAUUUGGGCGGCUUACUGGGAUGAACUGGUAUAUGCUUACAGCUGAACGUAUCUGCGUUGAUAUAUCGCAGCGGGAGUAUAUAAAUCCUAAGGGCUGCGUUUGGCAUGUUCUCCAGUUUAUUCUAGGAGAGUUGCUGAACCCUUACCAGCACGAUCAUUGCUCGCGUCGGACAGAAAAAGACGCCGGGUUAAGCCAAGCCACGCGCCAAGCUACAAAUUUGGUGAAAAUAAAGGACUGAACGCGCUUGCAAAGCUG